CACCGCGGCCUUCCGCCGUCCCGCCGUUACCCUGGCAACGGCGCCGCCGCGGCAACGCGGAGCCCGGGCCCGGCCACAGGAUGAUGCUCUCGCGGGCCAAGCCGGCCGUGGGGGGUACCCCGCCGCCGGGAGACAGGCGGAGGAAGAAAGGGAAGGAGGUGCCGCAGUUGGAAGAGCUCUUGGCCCAGAGGGACUUCACCGGCGCGAUCGCCUUGCUGGAGUUUAAACAGCACGUGGGCGAGGAGGAGGAGGAUGGCAACCUUUGGAUCGGAUACUGUGCAUUUCAUUUGGGUGACUACAAGAGAGCUUUGGAGGAAUAUGAGGCUUUAACCAAGCAAGCAACUUGCAAUCCAGAUGUUUGGGUGAACCUUGCCUGUACAUACUUCUUUCUGGGGAUGUACACACAAGCAGAACAAGCAGCCUUGAAAGCACCUAAGAGUGGUCUCCAGAACCGUUUACUCUUUCACCUGGCACAUAAGUUCAGUGAUGAAAAGAAACUGAUGAGCUCUCACCAGAACCUGCAAGAUGUUACAGAAGAUCAGCUUAGCCUGGCAUCUAUCCACUACAUGCGGUCCCACUACCAAGAAGCUAUUGAUAUCUACAAACGCAUUCUGCUGGACAAUCGGGAAUACCUGGCUCUGAAUGUAUAUGUGGCCCUGUGCUAUUACAAACUGGAUUACUAUGAUGUAUCACAGGAAGUGCUAGCUGUUUAUCUUCAGCAAGUUCCUGACAGCACCAUUGCUCUUAACCUUAAGGCUUGUAACCAUUUCCGACUUUACAAUGGAAAGGCUGCAGAGGCAGAGCUCAAAAACUUGACAGACAGUGCCUCAUCAUCUUUUGAGUUUGGCAAGGAGCUCAUUAAGCACAAUCUGGUGGUUUUCCGAGGAGGAGAAGGGGCUUUGCAAGUCCUACCUCCUCUGGUUGAUGUUAUUCCUGAGGCAAGACUGAAUCUUGUGAUUUACUAUCUCCAGCAAGAUGAUGUGCAGGAGGCUUAUAACCUGAUUAAGGACCUGGAACCUACAGCUCCACAGGAGUACAUCCUCAAAGGGGUGGUAAAUGCAGCACUUGGACAAGAAAUGGGCUCGAGAGAUCAUCUGAAAAUUGCUCAACAGUUCUUCCAGUUGGUGGGGGAAUCAGCCAGUGAAUGUGAUACCAUUCCGGGGAGACAGUGCAUGUCCUCCUGCUUCUUUCUUCUUAGACAAUUUCCUAAUGUCCUAAUUUACCUCAACUCAAUCAAGAGUUACUUCUACAACAAUGACACUUUUAACUUCAACUAUGCCCAAGCCAAAGCUGCAAUGGGCAAUUUUAGUGAAGCUGAAGAGGUGUUCCUUUUGAUCCAGAGUGAGAAGAUAAAAAGUGAUUUUGUUUACCUUAGCUGGCUGGCUCGCUGCUAUAUUAUGAAUAAGAAACCACAGCUAGCCUGGAAGCUCUAUCUGAAGAUGGAAACAUCAGGGGACUCCUUUAACCUAUUGCAGCUCAUUGCAAAUGAUUGUUACAAAAUGCGUCAGUUUUACUAUUCAGCCAAAGCCUUUGAUGUUCUGGAGAGACUGGACAAUAAUCCUGAAUACUGGGAAGGCAAGAGAGGUGCUUGUGUGGGUGUAUUUCAAAUGAUCUUAGCUGGCCGAGAAGCAAAAGAGACUCUGCGGGAAGUACUGCACCUUCUGAAGAGCACUGGUAAUUCUCAAGUAGAGUACAUUGUUCGCGUCAUGAAAAAGUGGGCCAAGGAGAACAGAGUCCCUGUUUGAGUCAAUGUCACAGAAUGAACCAGGUCAGUUGCUACAGCAUGUCUGGCUGCAAGACAAGGGUCUUAGUUUCUCCUGUGCAUUCUGGGUAUCUCCUUCCUUGCAGGACUUUAGACAUUCAAGCAGGUUGACCCAGCUGAGGAAGAAUGUCCUGCAGUGAGAUUCAAAACAUACAGCGAAUUGGUUUUUUGGGUGUUUUUUUUUUUU